ACUCAUCAUUCGCCGCGACCCUCACUCUUCCACAAAGAAAUUGCUUAAUCGAUUCAACUCAAGGACUCCAGCAUGGACAAGUCCGCGGCGAAUUCGACCAAGCCUCAGCGCAAACCGGGCAGGAAACAAAGGAUUCCCUUGUCAUGUGAACCGUGCAGAAGCAGAAAGCUUAAAUGCGAUCGGAAGCAACCAUGUCAGAACUGUUCUGUGCGUGAUAACCCGAAAGGAUGCCUUUUUCUAGGUCCCGAAGGAGGGCCCGCUACGUCCCUCAAGCCGAUGCAGGUCGAGGGAAUGCAAUCACGUAUAGACAGGCUAGAACAGCUUGUCACGACUCUAGUAGCUCAAGGCCAUGAUCCAAAUGGCAGUAUCGGCUCUUCUGACAAUAGUGGAAACUCUGAAGCAUCCAUUCCUGAGUAUGAUUCUUCGGCGUUUAGAGCCCCCUCGGCUCCAGAGCGUCACACGCCGCCUUACGAGGAAAUAGAGCACGGAGGGGGUGUAAUGAAAGUUGACGGCAACGCCUCCAUGUAUAAGGGAGCAACACAUUGGUACGACGUUCUGCAAGAGCUUAACGAGAUCAAGAGCUUUUGGAGCCAGGUCCAAGAAAAUCCAACUUUAGGCCUAGAACCUUCUUAUUCGGAUGCAAUUGAUGGUCCCAGUCUUUUCUUUGGCGUUGGUCAACCGACAACUCUGCCAGAGUUGUUGUCCUCUUUGCCAUCUCGACCUGCCGUCGAAAAACUGCUCACAAGAUUUUUCGAUAAUGAAGAAGGUCCCGCACCAACCUUCCAUAUUCUGCAUAAGCCUACUUUUAUGAGACAGUACCGUGAGCACUUGGCUGCUCCAGACAAGACGCCUAUCAUGUGGCUUGGGCUCUUCUUCGCAGUUCUAAGCCAAAUCAUGCUAUCUUAUAAUCUUAGUGGAGAUGAACCUCCCGAGUAUGAAGGCAUUUCGGCAUCGUUAUCCCAGCUCUACCGAGUAAAAGCAGCCCAAAGUCUAGCGAUGGGUGAUAUCUCUACAUGCAAACCGUACACGGUUGAGACUCUGAUCUACAGCAUCAUGUGUGAAUGGGGUCGCAAUGGACAAGGGGAUGCACGUGUUUGGUUGAUGGUGGGUAUCCUCGUUCGUGUUGCGCUUCAGAUGGGCUAUCACAGAGAUCCUUCGCAGUAUCCUGAAAUAACAGUCUUUCAAGGCGAAAUGCGUCGACGAGUCUGGUGUUUUGUACACCGAACAGAUUCUCUGACCGCAUUUCUUUGUGGACAGACAUGCUCAAUUCGUGAGCUUUCUCAUGAUACUCGACAGCCUGCGAACUUGUACGAUUGGGAACUAUCCGAGGACAUGACGGAGCUGCCUCCUUCGAGACCUAUAAUAGAGCCGACUCCUGUCUCAUAUUUGAUUGUGAAGGGCAACAUCCUUCUUGUACUCGGCAAAGUCGUCAACUUGCUAAACGACUUGGGACAUUACCCCUACGACAGAAUUCUAGAGUUGGACACCGAGCUCGAGAGAACUUUCCAGGAUACCCCUGCAUAUUGGAAACUUCAGGAUUUCAACGAUGUUGACAAUGAAUCUCCGUCACUCGUUAAUCGGCGAAUUCAGUUAGAUUUCCUCUACAACCAAGGAAUGUGCGUCUUACAUCGAAAAUUCUUCGCUCAAGGAAGGCUCGAUGCCCGCUUCGAGAGAUCUUACACAAGAUGCAGAGACUCAGCAAUAGCAUUACUGGCUCAACAACAUUUCUUGUUUACGCAGGCACAGGUGAAGGGCUCAUUGAUUGCCCGACACUGGUAUCGAGUGUCCUAUACAAGUCACAGUUUCAUCCUUGCCACUAUGAUUUUGGUCUUGGAUAUUAGACAUCGCAGAGCAGAAGCUCGUGCGAAGGAUAUUUUCAUCAAAUGCACUUUGGAAGCCAACGCCUGUAUGGCACUCCAGAAUGCCUGUGUCAUCUGGAAGCAAAAAGCCGACGAAAAGGACUCUGCUGAGGCUGUCAAAGUAUAUCAAGUCCUGUCUAACAUGCUGAAUACUCUGGGCUUUGGUGAGUAUGCGGCAAUGCCAGGGACGAAGCAAGUUGUCAUCGUUCCUGAACUAGCACAGCCAGAAGAUAUUUACAACCCUGGAAUAUCUUUUGCACCUCCGCUGGACAUGGACAUUGACUGGGACGUCUGGGAUUCUUACGUCGAGGGCACAAGCUUUGACGACGCAUAUGGUAACCCGCAAAACUUUGAGUUGGUAUGAUGUGACGACGCAAUUCUCAACACGAUACCCAGUCGUCGACUCACAGCUUCACUUUUUGAAGAACAUUUCUGGCGGUGUCAAACCUAGCAAACCCAGCCGCAGCUCAUUCCCUUUUUCGAUUUCGGCAGCACGCUCC